CCAAUCAAUGGCAUGUAGGCGGGAUUUUAAGCAAAGGGCCAGGCACAGGCCGGUGUGUUGGCAGCUUUCCGGCGUAAGGCCAUCGCGGUGACUGGGAAGGGAAAGCGCUGGUUGUAGCGACGUCGUGUAAACGAUAAAGCGAAUGUAGCGCACUAAAGCACUAAAUUUGCGCCGCAGGACGACACAAGAGUGGAGAGUCGAGCUGUACGUUUUACAGGAAUGUGUAGGACAAGCUGAUGCAAAUAACCUCCCAUAAGCAAUUAUAGCCCUGACAUAUGGCUCCACCCCCUAAUGACCCAAUGAGCACCCGGAUCGCCAUCCGCUCGCUGCCCUCCUUUGCCUCCAUCAGCACUGCUAGCUCUGACCCCCGCUUCCACUUUAAAUGGAGGGCCAUCACAGUGGUAGCAAUAGUAACCUUGGGCCUCCUGCUUUAUCUGCACCAAACAUCAGGGGGCGCUUCAGCAGAGACGCAACUCUUUCCAUCACUGCGUCGUGGUGAUGGUGCACGUCGGCUGAUUCGGGAUACGACAACCAAAACAGAUGGCCAUUACAACCACACCUACCCUCUGAGCCCACCGGAGCAAACAGCUAAUGGUGUCCGUUACCGUAUAGCCGUGAUUGCUGACUUGGAUACAAACUCGCGCAGCACCAAAGGCAAUACCUGGUUCAGCUACAUGCAGCGAGGCCACCUGCUUGUGACAGACAGUGGGGAACAUGUGGAGGUGGAGUGGGACCCGGAAAAAGUGGUAUUGGAGAGCCAUUUAUCAGAAAAAGGUCGUGGGAUGGAGCUUUCUGAUCUGGUGGUGUUCAACGGACACCUGUACAGUGUAGACGAUCGAACAGGCAUAGUGUACCGCAUCGAAGACAACCGGGCUGUACCCUGGGUCAUCCUACCUGAUGGAGAUGGUAACGUUUCCAAAGGUUUUAAAGCGGAGUGGCUAGCAGUGAAGGAUGAGCACCUGCAUGUGGGUGGGCUGGGAAAGGAGUGGACCACCACCUUAGGAGAAUUUGUAAACAAUGAUCCCCAGUGGGUGAAGGUCAUCGGCUUCCAGGGCGACGUGCAUCACGAGAACUGGGUGCCCCAUUACACUUCACUGAGGACUGCGGCGGGCAUCAAACCACCUGGUUAUUUGAUACACGAGUCAGCAGUUUGGAGCGAGCGUCGGCAGCGUUGGUUUUUCCUGCCACGCCGUGCCAGCUCUGAACGCUACGAGGAAACAGCUGACGAGCGCCGAGCCACCAACCUGCUCCUGACCUGCACAGCUGAUUUCAGCCACAUUUCAAUGUCCCGGGUCGGGCGGCUGCACCCCACACACGGCUUCUCAGCCUUCCGAUUUGUUCCCAACACCCAUGACCAAAUAAUCCUGGCACUGAAGUCUGAGGAGGACGCAGGCAAAAUCGCCACUUACAUCACAGCCUUCAGGCUGGACGGACGAAUUUUAAUGCCCGAGACAAAAAUCGGAGACGUGAAAUACGAAGGGCUGGAGUUCAUCUAGUCUAGUAAAAUAUCGUGGCUAUAUCACAUGGGAGUCACUGGGUAUCUGAGUGUGUAUGUGCAUAAGCAUGCAUCAGUGCACUGCCAUAGAUGUCAUAAACAGAUCAGUUUCUUUUUAUGAUAUUUUUGUAUGCAGUCCUGAACACAUGCAGUGUACAGUAUCAUGUUCCCAUGGAGACUCAGCAGUGGAGGCACCUGAUACCUGUGUUGUCAUGGCGAGAGAGAUCAAUGACGUCAAACGAAACAAGCAAGCUACAUAGAAAGCUUGCACAUGGAGGGCUCUGAUGCUUGCUGUCAAGAUCUUUCCUCAGCAUCUCUGUGAAAAACAGUGCUGUUAAAGUCUCAGGGUUUUUAUUUUUAGUUAAAAAGCACAACACGGACUUUAACCAAAACUGAAUGACACAAAAGUCAAAUGUGGCUUUUUCUUGUUUUUUGUUGAAGGAUGAAGGUGCAAAUGAAUUAUGUCUUUAUUUAUAACAGACCAUGUAGCUAUAUGUUAAAUUAGUCUAAAGUCAUCCAAAACAUAUUUUAAAACCCAGGGUUGUGAUGGUUUUACAAAAAAGAAAAAAACAGGAUUGUAGUGGUUUUACAAAAACUACCAACAGACAAAAUGUAGACCUUUAUUGCAUAUUACUGUGCAUAUACAGUACCUCUUGAUAUACAAAUGUAAAUGUCCCCUUCACCUAUUAGUAGAGGUAAUAUAAAUAUACAGUAAUAACCAUGCGCAAUUUUAUUAAUAUAUAAUAAUCUGCCAGUUAACACACUCCAGAAAGAGUUAAUUAAAAUAAAAACCAGUAUGUUAUAAGAAUUAGGGUCACUUGAACAACGUAGCUGAAUGAGUGUUUUAUUUCUGUUUUAUUCUCAUGAAAUCCUGCUGAAAUGCAUAUAUGCUCACUGAAUGUUGCUCUUUUGGGUUGUGGCUGUGAACAUUAAUAUUUAACAGCCUUCAUCUGGGACAUGAAAUUAAAAUUAAUAUGUCUAUA